AUGCAGAUGCAGCCAGUUCCUCCCAUUCCGCCGUCGAACCCGAAGAUUGUGGUGCGUGCCGACAGGAGCUUGGUCGUCUCUUGGGAUUGCGACAAGUCCCAUGCCGAUGUGACCAGUGUCUUCCACCUUACAGUGGCAUACUUUGAUCCCGAGGGCCCGAUGCUUGAACCGGAGGAGACCAGGUCGAUGACAUGCCCGGGCUCGGGAAUGCAUGUGGAAGCCCGGGAUGGACCAGGAGCGUUGAAGGCAUGCACGGUCAUGGUGUCUGUGCAGGCAGCAACCCAGACCUCUCCGGACGUUCGUAGCUCUGCUGUGAGAGCCCAGGCCAGCUGGGAUGAUGUGCAGUCCCCGGAGGAUGGUGCUGAAGAUCUCGAGGAGCGGCGGAAGAAUCUCGUGGGUCAGCUUGGAACAUUUAAUCAAGUGCGAGGCUGCAGGAUGAAUGUCGUGAUCGUCGGAGGCCAGCACCAUGGCAAGUCGAGUUUCAUCAAUCAUGUUCACCGUUGUUGGAACAACGACCUGACGGCCAACGACCAGAUGGAGUCGGCUCCUGCUGGCAUGGCAGAGAAUACGCAAGAGAUCUCGGUUUUGGAUCUUGACGAGAGGCUGAGUUUGAUCGACACGCCGGCCAUCCCCAACAUGGGCAGCGAAAUGGCUGAUGCUUUCCGGUCUCUGCUCAAGGCAGCUCAGAGCCCAGGGACACGGCGCCGGCAGUUAGCUCAGGGGACAUUCAUGGACAGCUUCCGAAGACCACCUCAUGCAGCCAUCGUGGUUAUGUCGCUUUGCCAUUGGCGUGAUCAGCAAGAGGAGAUGCAGGGCUACUUGAGGGCCAUGGCCAAGGAAUUGAAGAAUGCCUCUGACGGAAGAGUUACCUUUCCGUUCGUCGUGGCUGCCACCCAUCGUGACGAGUUCCUCCGUGACUCAAAAGCAUCAAGACCCCAUGAGGAAUUGAACAAGGUCCUCGACGCCAUGAAGAAGGCCGCCAACACUGCCCACGUGUUUGCGGUAAGGAGCUACCACAAGGGCAGCAGCUCAAGUGCCGCUGUCAACAAGGAGACGUUCGAUCUCCUCUCGCAGCUCGUGACUCUUGCAGGUCGCCAAGACACAGGGGUCGUAGUUGCCCAGAGCCAGUAUCUUGCAGCUGCGAUUGCGGCGGGUGUUGUUGUGCUAGCGGCUUUGGGCGCAUGCAAAUGGAGGCAGUGA